AUGGCCGACGCAGAGCCGCGCAAGCGUUCACGCUUCGAUCAAAAGGAGCCCGAGCCCAAGAGAGCCUCGCGAUUCGACCGCCGCUCGCGCUCUCCGUCGACUCGAAACUCGGAGACCAGGGAGCGUAGUCCGCUCCCGAGUACCAGCGAACCCACAGUCGACCCGGCUGCCGCUGCGGCUGCCGCGGCCGCCAAGAUUAAUGCGCAGCUCCAGGCUCGCAAGGGCAUUCAGCACGUCGACGUCCCGCCCAUCCUAGGCGCCACCAGCAAUGGCACGCCCGAAGCCAGCUCAGCUGCCCCAGAGGCGAGCAAAGGCGCGCCUGGCGCUCCGGGCGAGAUGUAUGUCUCGGACGGCGACUACAUUCAGGACAUAGAGGUCAACGAUUUGCGAAACCGAUAUAUGCUCAUGAAAGCGCAGACGCAGCAAGCGAUUCAAAAAGAUACUGGAGCUGAUCUCACUGUUCGAGGGAAAUACUACCCCAACAAGAGCAUGGCUACUGCUGCCGAACCUCCUUUAUAUCUCCACAUUACCGCCAGAACAAAAGAGGUGCUGGAAGCUGCCGUCGCCAAAGUCAACGAGUUGAUUGAGCAGGAGCUUCCUCAGCUUGUCGACGAGCGCCGAUUCAAGCGCCGCGAGAGAGAACAGCCGGAGAAUGACGAUACUAGCCGGCGUAACAAAUGGCCAGAAGAGAGCAUUCCCGUAGGUCUGGAGCCUGUUCCCGGCUUCAACCUGCGGGCCCAGAUUGUCGGUGCAGGCGGCUCUUAUGUUAAGCACAUUCAGCAAGAAACGGGAUGCCGUGUCCAGAUCAAAGGUCGCGGUUCAGGAUACAUUGAACGAGACACUAACCAAGAAAGUGACGAGGAAAUGUUCCUUCACGUCGCCGGUCCCGAUCCGGCCAUGGUAGAAAAGGCUAGGGACCUAUGCAAAGACUUGAUUGAAAACGUCCGCGAGCAGUACGAAGAGUUCAGAAGCCGUCCGCCGCGCCAACAUGGCGAUCGUGGGGGCUACGGUGACCGUGGCGACCGUGGCUACGGCGGUGACCGUCGCGGCGGCUAUAAUGACCGUGGCGGUGAUCAUUACAGUGGCCGAGGCGGCGGCGGCGGCGACUCGUACUCUGGCUACGGCAGGCAAAGCUCGGACAGCGGCUCUAGAACUGCCGCUGCUGCUACGGACGCCUCUGCCAACGCGGACUACAACGCGCAAUAUGCUCAAUACUACGCUCAGGCGGCUGCUAACGGCCAGGAUCCCUACGCCGCUUAUGGCGGCUACGCCAACUACGUCGCCAUGUACCAGCAGUACUACGCUCAGUAUCAGCAAGGACAAGCUGGUGCUGCACAGUCGCCAGCCCCCGGGGCGUCGGCAUCACCGCAACCUCCUCCUCCGAGUGACUCGGCGCCUCCUCCCCCUCCUCCUUCCAGCGCCGCCCCUCCGCCACCGCCCUCUGGAUCACCUCCCGGCGCUCCGGGUGGCUACAGCGCUGUCCCUCCUCCGCCCGGCUUCACAGAGCUCGAGCAAUCGAUUGGCGAUGCUGCGACCCGUGUUUGCUAA